CGCUUCCCCUCCCCCUGUCCCCCGCGGGGCCUCUGGGUCCGGCUGGACCAUGUUCACCAGCACCGGUUCCAGUGGGCUUUACAAAGCACCUGUGUCCAAGGGUCUUUUACUGGUCCCCAGUGCCCUGUCCCUCCUGCUGGCCCUCCUCCUUCCACACUGCCAGAGGUUCUUUGUGUACGACCUCCAGGCAGUCAAGGACGACUUCCAGAUUUGGAGGUUGAUUUGUGGAAGAAUAAUUUGCCUUGAUUUGAAAGAUACUUUCUGCAGUAGUCUGCUUAUUUAUAAUUUUAGGAUAUUUGAAAGAAGAUAUGGAAGCAGAAAAUUUGCAUCCUUUCUGCUGGGUUCCUGGGUUUUGUCAGCGGUGGGUGACUUUAUCCUCGUUGAAGCUGUGCGGUAUUCCUUUGGUAUCACUGCAGCCAGGAAUUUGCCUUCUGGACUCCUGGCACCUGUGUUUGCUCUGUUUGUACCAUUUUACUGCUCCAUCCCGAGAGUCCAGGUGGCACAUAUUCUGGGCCCGUUGUCCAUCACAAACAAGACACUGAUUUAUAUAUUGGGACUACAGCUUUUCACCUCUGGUUCCUACAUCUGGAUUGUAGCCAUAAGUGGACUUAUUUCCGGGCUCUGCUACAACAGCAAAAUGUUACAAGUUCAUGAGGUGCUCUGCGUCCCCAGCUGGAUGGCAAAGUUCUGUUCUUGGACACUUGAGCCCAUCUUCUCAUCUUCAGAACCUACCAGCGAGGCCAGAAUCGGGAUGGGGGCCACGGUAGACAUUCAGAGACAGCAGAGGAUGGAGCUGCUGGACCGGCAGCUGAUGCUGUCACAGUUUGCACAAGUGAGGCGGCAAAGACAGCAGCAGGGAGGAAUGAUCAACUGGAACCGUCUUUUCCCUCCUCUACGUCAGCGACGAAACGUAAACUAUCAGGAUGGUCGGCAGUCUGAGCAACAAGCGUCCCCUCCUCUAGAGGUUUCGGAGGAGCAGGUUGCCCGGCUCAUGGAGAUGGGAUUUUCCAGAGGUGACGCUUUGGAAGCCCUGAGAGCUUCAAAUAAUGACCUUAACGUGGCCACCAACUUCCUGCUGCAGCACUGAUGGUCCCAGCGGACAGCACAGGGGCCGGUGGGCUGCUGACCACAGCGGUGCCGUCCCGCUACCAGCUCAGCCCCAGGACCCGGCACUCUCUGGCAAGAUGUCCUCGCUGUCCUCCUGAGCAAAGGGUGGUCCCCGCUGCUCCCUCCCUUAAUUCCAAGAUCAUUACCAUUAAGUAUCCAAAAUAAGUUUGCCAUUAAGGUAGCAUGUAUUUUCUAUCUUUAUUUUUUUAUGGAGUAUUUUCCUUGGUUUGGAGAAUUAAUCUCCCAUUCCUAAUGUGUUUAAAAUGCAUUAAAAUUACAGAUUUCUGCAAGCAGUUGAAUAGCACUCCACAUGGGAAA